CACCAGAGGCAUUGCAUCUGCACCACCUACCGGAUGUGACGUCACGGUUGACCUUCUCUCUGGUUGACAUGAUUCCUCGGUGGCUGCUCUGCUGAACUUCAUCCCAACAGGAGUAGCAGCUCUAACAUGAAAAUACUUACAUGUUGAAUGGUGUCGCCAUACAGGGUUAUUGCCACAGUAAACGCAGGGAACAAUGGUGAAGUAUUUCUGCUGCGCAGGGUUGCUCAAAAGCACCUGGGACCAAGUUUGUGUUGCUUUCUGGGAACGAUACCCCAACCCUUACAGUAACCAUGUUUUGACUGAGGACAUAAUUUUCCGAGAGGUUACUCCGAACAACUGCCUCAAAUCCAGACGUCUGUUGACCAAAACGAGCCGAGGGCCUCGCUGGAUGGAACGCUACCUUCCAAAGCACAUGGCCAGCUCGGCGUACAUCAUUGAGGACUCUAUUGUGGACCCUCAGAAAAGGACCAUGACCACGCUCACAUGGAACAUCAGCCACGCUCGCCUCAUGUCCGUGGAAGAGCGGUGCGUGUACCAAAUUAACCCUGACAACGGCAGCUGGACCGAGAUAAAAAGAGAAGCUUGGAUCUCUACCAAUGUCUACGGGCUCUCGAGAGCUAUUCAGGAAUUUGGUCUUGCGAGGUUCAAGACCAGUGUUACAAAGACCAUGAAAGGCUUUGAAUAUGUGCUGGCCAAAAUGCAAGGUGAAACUCCAUCAAGAAGUUUAGCAGAAACUGCUACGGAUCGAGCAAGAGAGACGGCACUGGCAGCUAAAGAGAAAGCCAAAGACCUCGCCUCACAGGCCCAGAAGAAACAAUAUGUGUGAUGAACUGCACAGGUUCUUUUAGCACUGAUACUGGGACAGAUUUAUCUUAACCCCCCCACCCCUCGUGGUUUGGUAAGACAAACUGAUCCCAGUCCUGGGUAGACACCUCUAUGAGGAACUGAAAUGGUGGGUGGACCAUAAAAGGCCUGAGCUGGGUUCAAGAGCCUGUUCCAGCCUCCUGGAAUAUAUAGUACCUUUUGAUACCAGAUCAUCUCAGAGGGAUGGUUGAACAUGGCUCUGGGUGCCAUAAUAAAAUAAUAAUAAUAAUAAUAGCACUUAGCCAACCUUGAUGCUCUUCCUCAGACCUUUACUCAACCUUUGUGCCCAUCAACAACGUUUACUUUUUACUCUGUUCAUUUCAGUAUGUCGUGUUGUUUUGUAACAGCUUUGUAUUAUUAACAGCUUUUUGUUCAGCAGCUAAGUUUAGCAUAACACAAAAUAUCUGAUUAAUGCAAAUUCAUUUUUAUGAUUUUUCUGCACUUGUAUGUUUUACUGCAAUCAUGUUAAUCUUUUUAGUUUAGUUCACCCAACCACACCUUAAUUAUCCUACCAAGACUGAUUGCUUCAAGUUGAAGUGUAUUGACUGAAGAAGGGUUCGUAUUGAUGGCAUAGCUUGAUGAGAAGUACUCGUUGCACUCUCGAUAUUAAGAUCUGCUUGCACUGGACAUCAGUGUCACCUAGAUAAAAAUUAAAAAAAGUACAUUCAGCUUAGGUGUGAUGACACAACACACGCAAUGUGUUCUUACUGUAUUGAUUUAAUAUCAGCUUGUCAAUAAAUAAACAGUUCCUUUGUAACCAU